AUGAAUCCCGAGGAGCAGACGGUAACGUGGUUGAUAUCGUUAGGAGUACUCAGUUCUCCUAAAAAGAACAUAGCGGACCCUGAGGAGUUUCUGAAAACAUCCCUGAAGGAUGGGGUCGUCCUCUGCAAACUCACGGAGCGGCUCAUACCCGGUUUAUCUCCAAAGUAUUGCCAGGAUCCGAAAACUGAGGCAGACUGCAUUGCCAACAUCAGAGAGUUUUUAAGGGGAUGCUCGACCUUGAAAGUGGAGGGUUUUGAACCAGAGUGCUUGUACACUGGAGAGAAUUUUGGCAAGGUCCUAACUACUUUGCUGGCAGUCAACUUUGCCACACAAGAUUGUGCUGCUGAGAGAUGUCCACAGUCCGGUUCCUCCUCUCCUAGUCAGGCGACGUCCUCACUGUCCUCGGCCAAAUCCAAAGGCUCUCUGCGUAGACAAUCCAAAUCUGCGGAAAUGUCAGAGAACGGGGCCGGCGGGCAGCUGAUGGUGAAGGCCCGCUUCAACUUCAAGCAGAAUAACCAGGACGAGCUGUCGUUCAAUAAAGGCGAAAUGAUCCUCGUGACACGGCAGGAAGAAGGAGGAUGGUGGGAGGGCACGCUCAACGGCAAGACGGGCUGGUUUCCGAGUAACUACGUCCGCGAGGUCAAACCGUGCGAAAAACCAUCGUCUCCUAAAGGAGCUCAGAUGACGAAGAACUAUUACAAUGUGGUUGUUCAGGAUAUUGUAGAUCACGAAAAGGAGUUUGUCAAAGAGUUACAAACAGUCCUGAGUUGUUACCUACAACCACUGCAGGCCAGUGAAAAGCUGAGCGCUGCUGACAGCACCACCCUGUGUGGAAACCUGGAGGAGAUCCUCAACUUCCAGCAGGGACUCUGUUUGGCUUUGGAGGACUGCACAAAGGUCCCAGAGGGGCAGCAGCGGGUGGCAGGUUGCUAUUUAAACCUGAUGUGUCAGAUCAAGAAUCUCUACCUGACUUACUGCUCGAGCCACCCUUCAGCUGUGUGCAUCCUCACCGAUCACAGUGAAGAGUUAGACAAGUUCAUGGAGAGCCAAGGAGCAAGUUCUCCAGGAGUCCUGACCCUGACUACCAGCCUCAGUAAGCCCUUUGUGAGGCUUGAAAAGUACCCGACUCUGAUGCAGGAGCUGGAAAGACAUGUGGAGGAGGCUCACCCAGACUACGCCGACAUCAUAAAGGCACAGGCAACAUUUAGGAGCCUAGUGACUCAGUGCCAGGACCUGCGGAAGCGGAAAAACCUUGAGCUGCAGAUCUUGUCCGAACCGGUGCGGGGAUGGGAAGGAGACGGCAUGAAGAGUCUGGGUCAUGUGGCCUACAUGUCACAGGUCCAUGUUAAGAACGGAUGCAGUGAGGAAAAAGAAGAACGAUACCUAAUGCUUUUCCCUAAUAUGUUAAUUAUGCUCUCUGCCAGUCCACGGAUGAGUGGCUUUAUUUAUCAGGGAAGGCUCCCACUAACAGGCACCACAGUAACGAGGCAUGCAGAAGAUGCAGACAGCGCCCACUUUGCCUUUGACAUCACAGGAAGCAUGAUCGACCGCAUUACUGUGUUCUGCAGUAGCUUCCAAGAGUUACAGGACUGGCUGGAGCACCUGCAGCCUUUUACCAAAGGAGGCAGCCCUGCAGGCACCAUUUCAAAGAAUGUAGACGGGAGGCACGCGAGCAUGCUGAGUACCCCCACGCACGUGCCUCACCCCGGUGGUCUGGGCACUGCCGCUCGUGGUCCCCUGGAACCACCAAAGACGAGCAAGCCCUGGUCUCUCAGCUGUUUGCGCCCUGCACCACCUCUCAAACCCUCUGCGGCACUGGGCUACAAAGAGAGGAUGUCUUAUAUCAUGAAGGACUCCAGUAAGAGCCCACGGCCUAUGAAGAAGUUCCUGCCAGGCAACAGGAAGAAGGAGCGCAAGCCCUCUGAUGAUGAAGUUCAGACGAGGAAAAGCACGGUCGCUCUGGAGGAGGACGCUCAGAUUCUUCGGGUAAUCGAGGCUUAUUGCACCGGAGCCAGCCUGCACCAGAGCGCCACGGCAGUGCGGAAAGAGUGUGUGCCUCAGGUGCUCCUGCCGGAAGAGGAGAAGAUCAUUGUGGAGGAGAUGAAGAGCAACGGGCAGACGGUUAUUGAGGAAAAGAGCCUGGUAGAUGCUGUGUACGCUUUAAAGGACGAGGUUCAUGAAUUGAAAAAGGAGAAUAGGUGGAUGAAGCAGUUUAUGGAGGAGGAGCAGAAGUCUCGCAAAGAACUUGAGAGGCUAGUCCGGAAACUGACCAAGCAGAAGAACGACUGUGCUUGGGAGGACAGCAGCCACUGA